AUGGAGAGCCCCAGUCGCGUGUAUCUCUUUGGAGACCAGACUGCGGAUUUCGACUCGGGCCUUCGCCGCCUGUUGCAAGCCAAGAAUGACUCGCUGCUAGUGUCCUUCUUCCAGAAGUGCUAUCAUGCCCUGCGCAAGGAAAUCAGCCAGCUGUCGCCGUCGCAGCGACAACUGUUUCCUCGUUUCACGAGCAUUGUUGAUCUCCUGGCAAGAUACAGAGAGUUCGGACCAAACCCAGCUAUUGAAAGCGCAUUGACGACAAUCUAUCAGUUGGGAUGCUUCAUUCACUACUACGGAGAUCUGGGACAUGAGUAUCCAUUGGGAUCUGAGAGCUGUAUAAUUGGCCUCUGCACCGGUCAGCUGGCAUCUGCGGCUGUCAGCUGUUCAAAAACAGUCGGAGAACUUAUCCCCGCAGGCGUUGAGACAGUUGUUUUGGCCCUCAGGCUGGGAGCUUGUGUUGUCAAAGUGCGCGAGCUUGUGGAGGCAAAGGGACCAUCGCAAAGCUGGUCUGUCCUGAUUUCUGGAAUCCGUGAGGAGGAAGGCCAGAACCUAAUUCAGGAGUAUGGGCGAGAAAAUGCCUUGCCCCGUGUUUCACAGCCUUAUAUCAGCGCAGUGAGCCCUAAUGGCCUGACUAUCAGUGGCCCGCCCCGGUUUUUGGAGCACUUCAUCGAAACUGUACUCUCCAAGGAUCUGAAGCCCGUGAGAGUGCCAAUUCACGGACCAUACCACGCCAUGCACCUUUAUGACGACAGAGACAUCAGCCGUAUCAUGGAGUCGUGGCCAAAGGAGACGCUUGCGGGUUAUGCCACCCAAGUUCCCGUGUUAUCAAGUGAAACUGGCAAGCCCUUCGAUGCCGGGAGCCUCGAGACUCUAUUGAAAAUGUCGCUCGAGGAGAUUCUCCUGCGUCAACUUUGCUGGGGCAAAGUUAUUGACUCGUGCAGCUCCGCCUUGAAGUCAGCUGCCUCCAAGUGCAUCUUGUUCCCAAUCUCCAGCACCGCAACUCAAAGCCUGUACACUUCGCUGAAGAAGGCCGGAAUUUCUCUCGAGGUUGACAAUUCCAUCGGCGAUGUUAAGAAGGACCCUGAAGCUACCAACAGCAGUGGCCGUGCCGAGCAGUCCAAGAUUGCCAUCAUCGGCCUUUCUGGAAGAUUCCCUGAAUCACAGGAUACCGAGGCCUUCUGGGAUCUCUUGUACAAAGGACUCGAUGUUCACCGUGAAGUUCCCGCUGAGCGAUGGGAUGUCAAGGCUCAUGUUGAUAUGGAGGGAAAUACCCGCAACACUAGCAAGGUUCAAUAUGGAUGCUGGAUCAACGAACCCGGUCUUUUCGACCCUCGCUUUUUCAACAUGUCUCCCCGUGAGGCACUCCAGGCUGAUCCCGCUCAGCGCCUUGCGCUUUUGACUGCCUAUGAAGCCUUCGAAAUGGCUGGGUUCAUCCCAGACAGCACUCCGUCCACGCAGAAGAACCGGGUUGGUGUGUUCUAUGGCAUGACCAGUGACGAUUACCGUGAAAUCAAUAGUGGACAGGAUAUCGACACCUAUUUCAUUCCUGGUGGCAACCGUGCUUUCACUCCUGGUCGCAUCAACUACUAUUUCAAGUUCAGCGGACCAAGCGUUAGUGUUGAUACCGCUUGCUCCUCCAGUCUGGCAGCCAUUCAUGUGGCUUGCAACUCUCUUUGGAGGAAUGACUGUGACUCCGCUGUCGCCGGUGGCGUCAACAUCCUAACCAACCCGGACAACCACGCUGGCCUUGACCGCGGACACUUCCUUUCGAGAACCGGCAACUGCAACACAUUUGAUGAUGGUGCCGACGGGUAUUGCCGAGCGGAUGGUAUUGGCUCUAUUGUUUUGAAGAGACUCGAGGACGCCCAGGCCGACAACGAUCCGAUUUACGGUGUUAUUUCUGGAGCUUAUACCAACCACUCUGCCGAAGCUGUUUCCAUCACCCGGCCUCAUGUGGGCGCCCAAGCCUUCAUCUUCAACAAACUGCUUAACGAAAACGAUUAUGAUCCGAAGGAAGUCAGUUACAUUGAGAUGCACGGCACCGGAACCCAGGCUGGUGAUGCCGUGGAAAUGCAAUCAGUUCUGGAUGUUUUCGCUCCAGAUUAUCGCCGUGGGCCAAGCCAGUCCCUUCAUCUUGGUUCAGCCAAGGCAAACAUUGGGCACGGAGAAUCCGCCUCCGGCGUUACAGCUCUGUUGAAGGUGUUGAUGAUGAUGCAGAAGAACAUGAUCCCGCCCCAUUGUGGCAUCAAGUCCAAGGUCAACCACAACUUCCCUACCGAUCUUCAGCAGCGCAAUGUCCACAUCGCUCUCAAACCAACUCCCUGGAAUCGUCCGGAUGGUGGCAAGCGCAAGACUUUCAUCAACAACUUCUCGGCCGCUGGCGGAAACACUGCGCUGCUGAUGGAGGAUGCUCCUCUGCGUGAGCGCACUGGCAAGGACCCUCGGACCGCGCACCCGGUCGCCGUUUCGGCACGAUCGCAGUCUGCCCUGAAGAACAAUAUCGCGGCUCUUGUACAGUACAUUGACAAAAACAAGAGUUUAUUCAACGUCAAUGAGUCCGAUCUUCUUGCCAACUUGUCCUACACGACCACGGCAAGACGUAUUCACCACCCGUUCCGAGUAACUGCCACAGGCUCUACCUUGGAGGAGAUCCGCACUGCCUUGAACUCGAGCGCAGGCCAUGACAGCUUCUCACCGGUCUCCUCAACUGCACCUGGCGUUGGCUUUGUCUUUACCGGGCAAGGCGCUCAAUACACUGGCAUGGGCAAGGAACUCUUUGAGAACAGCUCCCAGUUCCGAACCAACAUUGAGCAUCUGGAUUGCAUUGCCCAAAGCCAGGGGUUCCCAUCCAUUGUACCUUUAAUUGAUGGAAGUGUUCCUAUCGAGGAGCUGAGUCCCGUCGUUACUCAAUUGGGAACCACUUGCGUUCAGAUGGCGCUCACCAAGUUCUGGAUCUCUUUGGGAGUGAAUCCCACCUUUGUCCUGGGUCACAGCCUCGGCGAAUAUGCCGCACUCAAUGCUUCUGGUAUUCUUACGACCAGCGAUACCAUCUACCUUGCUGGUCGUCGUGCCAUGUUGCUGACUGAGCAAUGCAAGGUAGGAACCCACGCCAUGCUAGCGGUAAAGUCAUCGGUCGCACAAGUGAAGCAGUUCCUUGAUGAGAAGACUGCCGAGGUGGCUUGUAUCAACGCACCCGGGGAGACUGUCAUCAGCGGAGCGGUUGAGAUGAUCGACCAGCUUGCUGAUAAACUCGCCAACGAAGGCUUCAAGGCUACCAAACUGAAGGUUCCUUUCGCCUUCCAUUCCGCUCAAGUGGAUCCUAUACUUGAGAACCUUGCAGAAAUUGCCAAGGGUGUCAGUUUCCACGAGCCGACCAUCCCCUUCGUGUCGGCCCUGCUGGGUGAUGUUCUCAAGGAGGCCAACCCCGAGGUCCUUGGGCCCAGAUACUUGACUCGUCACUGCCGAGAGACUGUCAACUUUCUUGCUGCUCUGGAGGCCACACGUCAUGCGAAGCUGAUGAAUGAUAAGACUCUCUGGGUUGAGAUUGGCUCGCAUCCAGUCUGCUCUGGAAUGGUCAAGUCGACUUUCGGUCCCCAAGCAACAACAGUCACAUCUCUGCGUCGCCAGGAGGACACCUGGAAGGUGCUGUCAAGCAGCCUUUCGGCUUUCUACUUGGCUGGGAUUGAUCUCCGCUGGAAGGAGUAUCACCAGGACUUCAGUGCCUUGCACGAAGUUCUUGCGCUGCCUGCCUACAAGUGGGACCUCAAGAACUAUUGGAUCCCUUAUACCAACAACUUCUGCCUGCUCAAAGGUGCACCUGCUGCGCCAGUGGUUGAGACUGCUCCUGUCUCAUCCUUCUUGACUUCCUCUGCCCAGAAGAUUUUGGAGACUAGCGGCGACAAGACCUCGGCAACUAUCGUUAUCGAGAACGAUAUUGCGGACCCGGAAUUGAACCGUGUAAUUCAAGGCCACAAGGUUAAUGGAGCUGCGCUCUGUCCUUCAUCCCUGUACGCCGACAUUGCUCAGACGCUAGGAGAGUUCCUUGUCGAGAAAUACAAGCCUGAAUGGAAGGAGCGUGGCUAUGACGUCUGUGAGGUGGUGGUUCCAAAGCCUCUCAUCGCAAAAGGUGGCAAGCAGCUGUUCCGCGUCUCGGCCACUGCGAACUGGGCCGAUGAGAGCGCCAAAAUGCAAGUGUGGUCCGUCACUCCUGAGGGCAAGAAAAUGAUCGACCACGCAAGCUGCGUCAUCAGAUUUUUCGAUACCAGUGUCGCCGAGCUUGAGUGGAAACGCAACUCAUAUCUCAUCAAGAGAAGCAUUGAGCACCUGAAGGAGAGCAGCGAGUCUGGCCAGGCGCAUCGCAUGAAGCGUGGUAUGGUGUACAAGCUUUUCAGUGCUCUUGUCGAGUAUGAUGAGAACUACAAGUCCAUCCAGGAAGUCAUUCUCGACAGUGAGCAGCACGAGGCUACCGCAUUGGUUAAGUUCCAAGCUCCUCCGGGUAACUUCCAUCGCAACCCGUUCUGGAUUGACAGCAUUGGCCACUUGUCCGGUUUUACCAUGAAUGCCAGUGAUGCCACUGAUUCUAAAGACCUGGUCUAUGUUAACCAUGGCUGGGACUCAAUGCGUUGCUCGAAGAAGUUUGAUCCGAGCGUCACCUACCGCACCUACGUCCGUAUGCAGCCCUGGCAAAACUCGAUCUAUGCUGGUGAUGUCUAUCUCUUUGAUGGGGAUGAUAUUGUUGCCGUAUUCGGUGGCGUGAAGUUCCAAGGCCUGGCCCGGAAGAUUCUUGACACUGCUCUUCCUCCUGGUGGAGGCUCGAUCGCCAAGUCAGCUACAGCUAAGCCUAAGCCUGCGCCUAUUGUUAUCCAGAAGUCACGCACUCCCCAGGCCAAGAAGGCUUCCCCCGUUGCCGCACCCUCGACCAAGUCUGCAGGACCCAGUAUCAUCACGAAAGCCCUUGAAGUCUUGGCCGAGGAAGUUGGUCUUUCAUCGUCUGAUAUGACGGAUGACUUGAACUUCGGAGAUUAUGGAGUAGACUCCCUGCUUUCCUUGACUGUCACUGGUCGUUACCGUGAGGAGAUGGGUCUUGACCUGGACUCCAAUGUAUUCGUGGACCAGCCCACAAUCAAGGACUUCAAGCAGCUGCUGGUGCAGAUGAGCCCCGCCGAUAACAGCAAUGACGGAUCCAGCAGCGAGCCGGACAUGUCGUCUGCAGCAUCCUCGAUUGAUAUCUCGACCCCCAACUCGAGUGGUCUUCCCACGCCCGCCAAUGAGAAGUCUGUGACACUGGAGCAGAAUGACAGCAUGAAGCAAAUUUGCGAGAUCCUAGCUGAGGAGAUUGGCGUCGAACCCGAGGAGCUCCAGGGUGAUGCUAACCUCGGUGAGAUGGGUCUGGAUUCUCUCAUGUCACUCACCGUGUUGGGCAAGAUUCGUGAGACAUUGGACCUUGAACUGUCUGGCGAGUUCUUCAUCGAGAACCAAACGAUCGACGACGUCGAGAUUGCUCUCGAUCUGAAGCCUAAGGCGGUUGCUUCUGAGCCGAUGAGACUUCCUGAGAAAAUCCAAGUGGAUGUUCCAAAAGCUGCUGCUCUCACAACAAUCCAGCAUCCGGCCGCGACCUCCAUCCUUCUGCAAGGAAACCCCAAGACUGCCACUCAAAAGUUAUUCUUGUUUCCCGAUGGAUCUGGAUCGGCCACUUCCUACGCUACGAUUCCCGGUAUUUCGCCUGACGUCUGCGUCUACGGGCUGAACUGUCCGUACAUGCGCACUCCCGAGAACCUGAACUUUAGCCUGGAUGAGAUCACGAUGCCUUAUGUGACCGAGAUCAAACGUCGCCAGCCCACUGGCCCGUACAAUUUUGGUGGCUGGUCCGCUGGCGGUAUCUGUGCCUAUGACGCAGCCCGCUACUUGAUCUUCGAGGAGGGUGAGCGGGUUGAGCGCCUGCUUCUCUUAGACUCUCCCUUCCCCAUAGGUUUGGAGAAGCUUCCUCGCCGUCUGUACAGAUUCUUCGACUCAAUUGGCCUCUUCGGCGAAGGCAAGGCUCCACCUCCCAAGUGGCUGCUCCCUCACUUCCUGGCUUUUAUCGACUCCCUGGAUGCAUACAAGGCUGUACCCUUCCCCUUUAAUGACAGCAAGCACGCAGACAAGAUUCCGAAAACCUUCAUGGUCUGGGCGAAGGACGGUGUGUGCAACAAGCCGAACGAUCCACGCCCUGCCCCCGCUGAGGAUGGCAGCCCUGAUCCCCGGGAAAUGCUCUGGUUGUUAAACAACCGCACUGAUCUCGGCCCGAAUGGAUGGGAUACCCUCGUUGGUCCAAAGAAUGUCGGCGGUAUCACCGUCAUGGAGGGAGCUAAUCACUUUACCAUGACCCGUGGCGAGAAGGCGAAGGAGCUAGCAGCAUUCAUCGCGGGUGCGAUGAACUCUGCUUAA